AUGUCGUUAAAAGCAAUAAUUUGGGUAUACCUGAAAGUUUGUUUAAAAGUGGAUAUGAGGUUAUUAUCUCAGGUAGAUUACUAUUCUAAGUCAUCUGUUUGCCUGUCAACCGGAUAUACAGAAUGUUUACCUCAAUUUAUUUUGAUAAUUGAGAAAGAUACGAUUUUUCGGAAACUUUUAAGUGAGAAGUUCUAUGAAAAAUUCAAACCUUGUUUAUUGGUUACGGCUAAAGGUUAUCCAGACUUGAUAACUCGCCAAUUUCUUGCUCAAAUAAACUGCAUGCAUCCAAGUAUUCCAAUGAUUGGACUUUUUGAUGCUGAUCCUCAUGGUAUAAAUGUAUUCUGUACUUACAAGUACGGCACUACGAAUCCUAUGAUGCAAAAUGAAAAUGGUAGUCCAAUAAAAAUAUUCAAUCUUCAACUAUGUGGACUAUUACCAAGUGAAUUAUCAUCUCUUCAAAUCAAAGAAACUAAUCUAUUGAAAUUAACAAAAAGAGAUAAAUCUUUAUUAAAUUCAAUGAAAAAACGUUUAUAUAUUCAACAAGAAUCCAUAUUAUUAGAACAAAUCAACUAUUUAUUAUUGACAGAAAUGAAAGCUGAAUUAGAAAUAUUAAAUACAAUUCAAUCAACUUAUUUAACUAAUGAAUAUUUACCAAAUAAAUUACAAUUAUGCGGUAUAUUACCAAAUUAAUUAAUUAAUUAAUUAAUUAAUUAAUUAAUUAAUUAAUAUGAAAAUAAAUAGUUGAAAAUUUUUUAUUUGAUAUAUUAGAUAAGAAUGAUUAUUUAUUUGAACACAAUGGGUGGGGGGGAAGCAUCAAAUAAAUAUAUACGCCUUACAUAAAUCUCAUUAGUUGUGAUAAUUUCCGGGUACCCAAAUUGAAGUAGAUGGUUUUCUUUGGGGUGGAGGUUGGGAAGCACAUCUGGAGCCUUUGAUCUAAACGUCUAAUUCAUAAGGCAAUGAAGUAUCGUAAGGAGAUAUAGUCCUAUGGUAGCCGAUAACUACACUAUUUGUUCCUUCAGGAUACUGAAACCCAUUGAUUUGAAAUCAGGGUUUUUCAACUUAUCUAGGUGAACUCUCUAUGUCUACCAACUCGAUUAAAGGGCUGGACAUUGGCUUUUCGUCCACUCAACUUCAUAGACAAUAACCCCGUCACGAGAAGGUAGUGAGUAGGACU